AUGGGUCAAAAGUCUUCACUCUGCUCCUCUAGCAAUUCCAGAACCUCCAAGUAGGUUCUUGCUAAAGAUUUCACUGACACCCUUGGUGAAGAUUCCAUGAAAUUCAAUAACACUUCUAGAUUGAAUACUGAUAUGAAUAGAAGAGUAAGCACUAGAACCACUUCAAACUGGCAGUCAGAGAAAAAGUCUCCCAAGAUUAUCGGUAACUUUGGAAGAAAAGGAACGACUAAGAAGGGGAAGACUAAUAAAAAUGGAGAGAAAGAUCAUCAUAUCUCACCCGAUGGCGCAAUUUUCAAGGCGUAGACAACAUUUGGAACAAGUGACAUAUCAAGAUCUGAAUCCAAUGGGAAGUUCAGCCCUAAUAGCAACUUUAGAUCGAUAGUUGAGGAUACUCCUGAUAAAACCUAAUAUCCUUGUGAUGCUUUACUCAAUCAAAAAGCUAUGAAAGGUACGUUAUAGAUCUUUUACAAACUGGGAUUAUAUGAUCAAGCUUCAUAAGAACAUGGUCAAUCAUACCCCGAUCUUCGAAAUAUCUAUGGUAUUAUCAUUAUUUUUUUCGUUAGUAACUUACUAUUUUAGUAUUUAAAAGAAGGGAUGUACUAUUAUCACUUCGUUGUUGACGGAGUAGUAAGAUUUGCUCCUGAGUAACCCUCUUCUAUUGAAAGAGAUGAUAAAAUCGUUAAUUACAUUGACAUCGACAAAUACAUGAUUUAAAAAGCAGAAGAGGAAAGAGAUGAGAUAAGGAAGGUUAAAAACAUGGCAGAUUGUUUAGCAACAGAAAAUUCUUGGAAACUCUCUGACAACUUUGCUAAGAAUGUAAUAGAAAAGAAGCGCAUGAACCUUGAAGAUCAUCUGGACUUCACCAUAGAUUUUAUUAAGACAGAAUCUCAUGGUGAAUCAGCAGCUGCAGGUGAAGAUAACUCUGAAUACUGUGAUCAUUGUUUGCAUAGGUUCAAAGCCUAGAAGAAAUAAAACACAGGGGAUAAUCGAGAUAGGGAUCCUUUCAAGCCAAUGGAAAACCAAGAAGUUGAAACCAGAAUGCGAACAGUCAGUGGAAAACUUUUGAUUGCCAAUAAACAUCAUAAAUAGAAGUAAAAUAAAACUCCUUGUAAGAGACAGCAUAUGAAGUUUUGUCCCUCAUCAUCAUAUGUAGACAAAGAAAAUAUUCUUGCAUUGUAGGUUAACAGUUCUAACUCAAAGUUUUCUCCUUCAAAGUCUAUUUAUAAUUGA